AUGGCCUUCCUAUUGUAUCUUGCCUUGCUCUGUGCCCAAUAUGCGUCAACAUGGGCCCUUCCACAUGUCACGACUGCUCAAGUGAAUUUGGGAUAUCAAAUUCAUCAAGGUUGGCUGAACACCACAGGAAAUUUCUACAAUUUUUCGAAUAUUCCUUACGCCAAUCCUCCCGUGGGGAAUCUUCGGUUCUCUCCUCCAACUGUACCAAAUGUCCCAGCGAAACCUCCUGUAGAUGAUGGAUCAAGAUUUGCUCUGUGCCCGCAAGGCAUCCCGUUAUGGACUCCUAUUGUGACCGAUUGGCUCACCAACGGCAUUGGUGUUAUCAAUCAAUCAGCUGGAUAUACAAUUCCAUAUGUCACGACCCUUCCAACUCCUCUGCCUGGAACUAGUGAAGACUGUCUCUUGCUAGACAUUUUAGUUCCAAAGACAAUAUUUGAUAAUAGAGGCACCGGAUCAGGAGCUCCAGUGUUGCUGUGGAUUCAUGGUGGAGGAUACACCUUAGGGUGGAAAACGCAGUACGGCUCAGGUGCAGGCCUUGUUGCAGCAAGCCAAGCACACGGAAAGACUGGUGCUAUAUAUAUCGCCAUCAAUUACCGGUUAGGACUCUUCGGUUUUCUAUCAGGCCCCACCUUCUCAUCCGAAGGAGGAACAGCAAAUAACGGUCUGCUCGACCAAAGAAUGGCACUCGAAUGGGUACAAAAAAACAUCCACCUCUUUGGCGGUGAUCCCAACCGAGUCACCGUCAUGGGCGAAUCAGCCGGAGGAGGAAGCACCAUCCACCAAGUGACGGCGUAUGGUGGUCUCAAAGGACCUUCCCCAUUCAGCCAAGCUAUCAUCCAAAGCGGUGCUUUCUUGCCCGUCCCCGGCACCGUCCGACCUGAACGUAUCUACCAGAAAUUCCUCACGAGAGGAAACCUGACAAACCUCACUGAAGCACGUGCUGCGCCCACAGAACAACUCCAGCUCGCGAACGCGAUCCUCGUCGGCGAAGCUCCGUUUGGAGAUUUUACAUUCAACCCCGUGGUCGACGGAUCCUUCGCGCCCGACCUGCCCGGCAAACUCCUCCUCUCCGGCGGCUACGACCACAACCUCACCCUCCUCGUUGGCCACAACGACGACGAAGGCCUCGAAUUCACAUCCCCCUUCCUCCCCCCGGGCAACGAAACCGCCUUCACCGAAAACGUAAUCCUAGUCUCCUUCCCCGACGCUGCCGCCACCAACGCAACCUCGUACAUCCUCGACGUCCUCUACCCGCCCAUCUUCGACGGCUCGCACGGCUACACGGACGAGAUCUCUCGCGCGGACUACAUCGUCUCCGAAGCGCUGUUUGCCUGCAACGCCGAGUACCUUUCUCGCGCCUUCAAUACUUCCGCUUAUGCGUACGAUUUCAGCGUCCCGCCCGCGCUGCACGGGCAGGAUGUUCCGUACACGUUCUACGAAGGCCCCGCGACGGCUGUCAUCAACGACACUCUAGCGCUGAUCAUGCAGGAUUAUUUUACGAAUUUUGUGAUAAGGGGGGAUCCGAAUGGGGAGGGGUUGGUGGAAUUUCCGAGUUUUGGGGAGGGGGGACGGAUGUUGUUGGAUUUUUUCACGGAUGCGGUGGGACUCGUGGCGGAUUUUGAGGAUAAUGAGAGGUGUACGUGGUGGCAGAAGGCGUUGUAUUAUUAG